AUUAAAAACAUUUUUUUUAUAUAGAAAAAAUGUUUUUUUUUGAAAAUAAGAAUCUCUGUCCCUUUAGUUAAGUUGGGAGUAGACUGGUCUUGCAAAGUGAAAUAGGAAAGAGAAAAAUGGAGGAAGGAGGAAGUUCCGAGCGAAAUGAUAGGGUGCGGCAACGUGUAGGGUUAGUUUAUGAUGAAAAAAUGUGCAACCAUAACACUCCUGAUGGUGAAGAUCACCCUGAAUGUCCUGAUCGAAUUAGGGUUAUUUGGAACAAACUUCGCAAUUCCGGUCUCAUUGAUAGGUGUGUUGUUCUGAAUGCCAAGGAAGCAGAAGAUAAAUACGUACAAUCUGUUCAUUCCAAAAGGCAUGUUGAUCUGAUUCGUAAUAUAAGCUCCAAGCGGUUUGAUUCUCGCAGGGAUAGAACCGCUUCAAAAUACAAUUCCAUUUAUUUUAACAAAGGUUCAUCAGAAGCAGCUUAUUUAGCUGCAGGCUCUGUUAUAGAGGCGGCAGAUAAAGUAGCCAAAGGGGAGCUCAAUUCUGCUUUUGCAAUUGUGAGGCCUCCUGGCCAUCACGCUGAGGAAAACGAGCCCAUGGGUUUUUGCCUGUUCAAUAAUGUGGCUGUUGCAGCUAGUUAUCUGCUGAAUGAAAGACCAGAAUUAGGCAUUCACAGAAUUUUGAUUGUUGAUUGGGAUGUUCAUCAUGGCAACGCCACUCAGAAAAUGUUUUGGAAGGAUUCUCGUGUUCUUUUCUUCUCGGUACAUAGGCAUGACUUUGGAUGUUUCUAUCCUGGAACUGAUGAUGGCUCUCAUACUAUGAUUGGAGAAGGACCAGGGGAGGGAUACAACAUUAAUGUUCCCUGGGAACAUGGUCGCUGUGGUGAUGCAGACUAUUUUGCUGCUUGGGAUCAUGUAUUGAUCCCAGUUGUUAAAGAAUUCAACCCGGAUAUGAUUAUAGUUUCUGCCGGGUUUGAUGCAGCUGUCCGUGAUCCUCUUGGCGGUUGUUGUAUUUCUCCAUAUGGCUACUCUGUUAUGUUGAGAAAGUUAAUGGAUUUUGCUCAAGGUAAAAUUUUACUUUCUCUGGAAGGCGGGUACAAUCUUCAAUCUUUGGCGGAUUCCGCUCAUGCAUGUGUGCAAGUAUUGUUAGAUGAAAAGCCAAUCAUCGGAUCUUCUGAGGCAUAUCCAUUUGAAUCAACAUGGCGCGUCAUAGAAAAUGUUCGGCAAAAGUUAAGUGUGUUUUGGCCAAGCCUCUCCGAUGAAUUACCAAAGAAGUUAACAAGCCAGAAAGCGUCUACGCCUCAGCCACUAACUGAUGUGAGCUCUGAGUCUGAAAGCGAAGAUAUUGAGGAAGCUAUCAAGAGUAUUAUACAACCCCUUUCAGAACUGAAAUUUGAUGAAGAUCAGAAGGAUGAUUCAGCUUCCUGGCGAACGGAGCACAAGCUAACUGAUAUUUGGUACGCAUCCUUUGGGUCAAAUAUGUGGAAACCGAGGCUUCUCUGCUAUAUCCAAGGUGGACAGGUGGAAGGUAUGCAAAAGCCAUGUUCUGGUUCCAUGGACAGAAGCCCUCCAAAAGAUGUCAUGUGGAAGACUGUUCCUCAUAGAUUGUUCUUUGGCCGUGAUUACACAAAUACAUGGGGUCCUGGUGGAGUUGCUUUCAUUCACCCUGAAAGUAGUCCAGUGGAAAAAGCUUAUAUCUGCAUGUAUAAACUUACGCUAGAGCAGUUCAAUGAUAUUUUGUUUCAAGAAAAUUGUUCAAGUUGUGAUGCUGAUGCUCCUUGGUUUAGUUCGGAAGCUCUAAAUGCUAUUAAAAAUAGGGGAUCCGUCUCCAUUGUUAAGGGAGGUUGGUAUCAUAAUGUAGUCUUUUUGGGCGAGGAGCAGGGUGUUCCAAUACUGACCAUGACGUGUGAUCUGCAUGAUGUACAGGCCUUCAAAUCUUUAGAAGUACCACAAUGUGCUCCUAGCAAUGCAUAUGUCAAUACCUUAAUCAGGGGACUAUCCGAAGGAGGACAGCUUUCUGAAGAAGAAGUGUUGGCCUACAUAGAUAAAGCUGCUGCUACAUCACUCUGAUUCUAGGAGGAAAUAUUCAUAAUUAUUUUGUAGGCCGGAAUAUUCUUAAUUAUUUUGUAAAGAUUAUUAUUUUGGGUAAUCAGUGAUUCAGUGAUUCAGUGUGCUUAAUUGCUAACAUAGUAGAAUCUGUAAAUAUGAUGUGCACUGCCAAGUGAAACAUUCUAUAAUGUAGCCUGUAGGCUUGUUGUUGUGA